UCUGUUUAUAUGUUUAUCAUGCACGCAUGUUGUGUUGUUAUCAGCUGUCGACAGCGCAAUGAUACCAAUCACAUCAGUGACGCACUUUGUAAUAAGUUAGGAAGAAGUUUUUGGACAAAAUGACUAGGCGUUGUGUUGUGUUACUUGAGAGAAAUGAAACAAACAUGUACCUCAGUACUACGGAAUUGUUACUGAAAAUUGUAGACGCAGUACUGCAGGAGCCUUCGAAUCCGAAAGCUAGGACAUAUAAGCUAGCUAGUCCAGCUGUUUCAGAGAAACUUCGUGCUACCGUUGGAGCUAUGGAAUGUUUGCGUGAAAUGGGUUUCCAAGAGAUGAAUGACAAAUUGGUUCUAUCACCAGAAGCGUCACUGGAGAACAUAAGACAGAUACGCUCAGAAAUAGUUAAUAGAAGGCGUAAUUAUGAAACAUUCAAUGCUGUUAACAAUUCCAGUGAAAUGUCUUCAGCAAGCUCUGAAGGUGCUAGUGCUACACAGCAUACCUCAUUUGCACACUUCAAGAGUCAACUUUUGGUUAUUUCUGAGACAGUGCUGGGCCAUGAAAACAAAUUGUUACAGAAGAAGGCCUUGAAGUUAAUUCCACUAACAGAGCUGGAGAUAAAAGCAGUUAAACAUAUGCGAUCCUUACAAAAAGCCAUUAAAAAUGGUGCAGAGGACAAUGGAGCAGAUGUGCAGGACAUACUUUUGUUAGAAUUGAUGGCAUGGUUUAAAGAAUCAUUUUUCUCAUGGGUUGAUUCUCCAAAAUGUUGGUUUUGUCAAGGAGAAACAAAAUUUCGUGGCCACAGUAGUGAUCCUAAAUAUAAUGGAGACCGGGCAGAGGUAUAUAUGUGCACCUUGUGCCGGGAAGUAACACUCUUUGUUCGGUACAAUAAAACUGAAAAACUUCUAGAGACAAGGAAAGGACGUUGUUCAGAAUGGGCAAAUUGUUUUGCUCUGUUGUGCAAAUCACUUGGUUGGGAUGUUCGUGUUGUCUAUGAUGUGACAGACCAUCUUUGGGUGGAGGUGUUCUCUGUAAGUCAACAAAGGUGGAUACACUGUGAUCCUUGUGAAAAUGCCUAUGAUAAACCUUUAAUGUAUGAAGUAGGUUGGAAGAAAAAUCUUUCAUACGUGAUUGCUUUUUCUUAUGAUGAUGUACAAGAUGUCACUUGGCGCUAUACCUGCAAUUUCAAUUCAGUAUUAAGGCGCAGAAAUUUGUGCUCUGAGCAGCAGCUCUUGGAUAUUAUGUUUGCUAUAAGAGAAAAAAGACAACGUGGUUUGUCAUUGGCAAGAAAAGAGUACCUCAAGAAGCGAAUGUUAAAAGAACUUGUGGAAUUUCUAACACCUCCAAAGCAGACUGAUGCAGCAUAUGAGGGGCGCACCUCAGGUUCCCUGCUCUGGAGACUUGCAAGGGGAGAGGUUACAGAAAAAGUUACAUAUGUUUGGACUCCAAACGCUGCAGAAAUUUCAGCUCAAAGAUUUCAGUUAAGUUACUCCUGUGAAAAAGACAAAUAUUUUCGAAGUACUAACACUGAGGAGGCCUGCAUUUCUGGAUGGCAGAAUGGUGUGUUUGAAUUUGAUUCAGUCUUUCGAAAAGAAGAAAAAGACUGGAAGAUGUUCUAUUUAUCAAGAACAGAGGGAAGCCCAAAAGGCACCAUUACAUGGAAAUUUGACUUUUCAUCCUCUGGCUUAGUUAUAGAAACAGUGAAUCUUGUGUUUGUGAGAAGCGUGUUUGAAAAUGGUGUUAUUAAGUUACUAAUGAUAGGGGAUACAAACAACAUGGAAGUACCACCAAAUGAAAUAGCAGUUUCCACAAAGAUUUUAGAUGGUUCCAAGUGUUUGACCCUGAGUGCUGAACUAAGUAGAGGGAGAGGUACAACAGCAUGGCAGCAUGCACAGCUUUUCCGUGAGCCAGUUGGCAGCACGACUUAUCCAUUCAACAUUGUUAUCAAACUAAGGAAAAUGUAAAUAAAAAAAAAAAAAAAAAAAAAAAAAGAGAGAGAGAGAGAGAGAGAGAGAGAGAGAGAGAGAGAGAGAGAGAGAGAGAGAGACUGUACUAUCUUAUGUGAACUCAUUUUCUGUUAUUAUCUUGUGGAAAUUGAUUUUGUGGCAUUGUCUACAAGUGAUACACAGAACUAAUUUGUGUUUAUCCAAACAUAAAUUGUAUUGGUGAAGUUUAUAGGGGACCAUCCACGUGAUCCCCCCUUGCGUGCUGUGUUUGGCAAGUGUUUGCAAUGUGUUGUAAUAAGGAGGGGCCACAAAUAAGAGAUGAGUAUGGUUUACCAAUGGAAACUUCUCGAAGAGUUGAUGGUCUUUACACUGGGAAAUUGGAGUAGGUGGCACUUGGUGCACAGUUCCUCAUCACUUUUCUACAUUUUAGAGAAAUGAAGAGAAUGAUGUGCACAAGGUAAAAAUAUAAAUUACAAGUUUUAUGUGCAUUAUUAUUUUGAGCAUGUUGGAAAGUCAUGUUUUUAUUCUCCAUAAGUAAAAUUACGAUCUUAACAAA